AUGUCUCGCGCCGACGACGAGCGUCCGCCCAAGCGGCGGCGCGUGCUCUCCGACGCGGAGGACGAGCCGACGCGGGAGCUGCAGCGCGACCCGCUCGACAUCCGCGGCUCGCUCCUCGAGCUGCACCAGAACAUGCCCUCGUUCAGCGAUGUGUGUGUUGUGGUCGAGGGGUCAAAGUCGAGCCAGGAGUUUGCGUGCAUCGGCGCGGUGCUGGCCUCGGCGUCGCGGCCGCUGGCGGCCAUGCUCUACGGCGAGUCCAGCCGGAUGGUGACCCCUUCGGCCGGCUCCAGCCGCCCGCGGCUCGUGCUGCGCGGCACCGAGCCGUGGUGCUUCGACCUGCUGCUGCGGUACGUGCACGGGCUGCAGGUGGCGCUCGACGUGGACAUGGCGCUGACGCUCUACCACGCGGCCGACUACUACGAGGUCCUCCCGCUGCGCGACGGCUGCUGCGCCUUCCUCCUCGAUGCU